UGCCCUGCCCCUUGGGGGAGCAGAGAAGGGUGAGUUGUGCCCUGCGUCGGCCCAGAGAGACGCUCUGUGGUUCCAGAUGUCGCCGAGGCCGCUGUGUUUUCCCGACGACUCGGUGUCCCUGGUUUUCUUCCUCCCACGUGCCUCGUUUUAAAAGCGACGAAGCGCUCGUGGGGACAUGCCGACGGGGAACUAGCCGAAGGCGGCCCAAGGAGACCCUCCCUCCGGCUGUCAUGGCUGAAGGGGACAGUGAAGGGAGAUGGGACGGGCUGUGCAGUAGAGACCCGAGCACUAGAGAGACCGCGCUGGAAAGCAUCAGGCAGACGGUCUUGAGAAAGACCGAGGAUCUUCGCUGGGUGAGAGAGGCGCCUCUUCGUGCACCAGGCGGGCUUCCACCGCCGGCGGUUUCUUUGGAUGGGUUGAAUAGACUUCUCGCUCGCCUGCUUAUGCUUUCUCGGAGAUGUCCCUUUAAAGACGUAAGAGAGAAGAGUGAGUUUAUUUUGAAGAGCGUCCAGGAACUUGGAAUUAGAAUUCCUCGACCACUAGGACACGGACCAAGCAGAUUCAUACCAGAAAAGGAGAUUCUCCAAGUGGGGAGUGAAGACGCACAGAUGCACACCUUAUUUGCAGAUUCUUUUGCUGCUUUGGGUCGUUUGGAUAACAUUACAUUAGUGAUGGUUUUUCACCCACAAUAUCUAGAAAGUUUUCUAAAAACUCAACACUAUCUACUGCAAAUGGAUGGGCCAUUACCCUUACAUUAUCGGCACUACAUCGGAAUUAUGGCUGCAGCAAGACAUCAGUGUUCCUACUUAGUGAACCUCCAUGUAAAUGAUUUCCUUCAUGUUGGUGGGGACCCCAAGUGGCUUAAUGGUUUAGAGAAUGCUCCUCAAAAACUACAAAAUUUAGGAGAACUUAACAAAGUGUUAGCCCAUAGGCCUUGGCUUAUUACCAAAGAACAUAUUGAGGGACUUUUAAAAGCUGAAGAACACAGCUGGUCCCUUGCAGAACUGGUACACGCAGUAGUUCUCCUCACACACUAUCAUUCUCUUGCUUCAUUCACAUUUGGCUGUGGAAUCAGUCCAGAAAUUCAUUGUGAUGGUGGCCAUACGUUCAGACCUCCUUCGGUUAGUAACUACUGCAUCUGUGACAUUACAAAUGGCAAUCACAGUAUGGAUGAAAUGCAGGUCAACUCAGCAGGAAAUGUUUCGGUAAGUGAUUCCUUCUUUGAGGUCGAAGCCCUCAUGGAAAAGAUGAGGCAGUUACAGGAAUGUCGAGAUGAAGAAGAGGCAAGUCAGGAAGAGAUGGCUUCACGUUUUGAAAUAGAAAAAAGGGAGAGCAUGUUUGUCUUCUCUUCAGAUGAUGAAGAAGUCACACCAGCAAGAGAUGUAUCUCGUCACUUUGAGGAUACUAGUUAUGGCUAUAAGGAUUUCUCUAGACAUGGGAUGCAUGUUCCAACAUUUCGAGUUCAGGACUAUUGCUGGGAAGACCAUGGUUAUUCUUUGGUAAAUCGCCUUUAUCCAGAUGUGGGACAGUUGAUUGAUGAAAAAUUUCACAUUGCUUACAAUCUUACUUAUAAUACAAUGGCAAUGCACAAAGAUGUCGAUACCUCAAUGCUUAGACGGGCUAUUUGGAACUAUAUUCACUGCAUGUUUGGAAUAAGAUAUGACGACUAUGACUAUGGUGAAAUUAACCAGCUAUUGGAUCGUAGCUUUAAAGUUUAUAUCAAAACUGUUGUUUGCACUCCCGAAAAAGUUACCAAAAGAAUGUAUGAUAGCUUCUGGAGGCAGUUUAAGCACUCUGAGAAGGUCCAUGUUAAUCUGCUUCUUAUAGAAGCUAGAAUGCAAGCAGAACUCCUCUACGCUCUGAGAGCCAUUACCCGCUAUAUGACCUGAUGCCUUUCCUCCAUUAGAGAUGAUGGAAUGAUCAGCAGAUAUAGUCUACAAGGGGAUGGUACUAAGCCCCAGGACCAAUGGUAGAUAAAAGAAUUCAGAAAUCCAUUGUGCCAUGAUUUCUUUAGUUUUUGCUAUGUUACUGUGGAAAUACCACUGCUGGCACGAGCAGUGAACGCUUAUUGGCAGCUUCAAGUGUAGAGCUGUGAAGAAGGGCUGCCGUUCACAGUAUUUUGCUUUUUGACAGUACAAGAUGGUGUACAACUGUUUUAAUACAGCAAAUAGUAACUCUCCAAAUCCUGUUGCUUUUAUGUUAAAUAAGAUAACAAGAAUUGGAGCAUGCAAAGAAUGGGACUUGGAUAAUGAUAUAAGCUUUUUAUACAUAAAGAAUUUUAGAUCUUGGUGCUGCUAUUUCUGCUGGUGGAAUGAAUAGAGUGGCUGUUCCAGUUAAGCUAUUAGUAAUAAAAGUGAACACUGCUACUAUCUGAGCCUACAUACAUAAUUUGUGUGGUUUCGAAUUAAACUUGCAUAUGUGUUAAUUUUUUUGCAUCUAAAAAAAGCAUAGAAUUAUUACAGCUCGGCAAAGACCAUGUCGAUGGUAACAGUUCAUUUCUUUCAUUGGAUGAAUUAAAUUACAGUGGCAUUCUUAAAGAUUUCCCUCAAAAAGCAAUCUUAAAUGAAAGUGUAUGACUUAUAAGAAAAGCUAGCUAUUUUUUGAUGUGCUGUUUCCCAAGAUCUCUGACACUGGAGGGCAGCUGUCUUGUGCAGUAUUUUGUUUCCAGCACUGACAUUGUGGGAGAUGUUGCUGUAGACUGCUGCGCAGUCCCAGGUGUGUUCUGUCCCUGCCCACCUCAUGGUCCCCAAUUUAAAGAUUGUGCAGCUCUUUAAAUAAUAAAGCUGGAAAAUAUUUUUAGUCAGGUUAUCAAAUUUGAUUUACAAAAAUGCUAAUAACUUUGAAAUGCGAAAAGAUUUGAAAAAAUAUAUUAAGUAUACUUUGUAUUCUGGAAGCGUGAAUUGCUUUUGAAGUCUGUCAGUAUUAUUGGUAUUUUUCAAUAAAGAAUCAUUUUUUUUCUCCAA